GCGGUUUCGAGAAACGCGAAUAAAACGGUGUCAAACGUCAAGGAAGAGAAGAGAGUGUGAAAAAAAUGGCAAAGGCAUCGAUGUGAACGUCGGCUUUUAACGUGUUAUUAUUAUUUUAACUUAGCCAUGAACUCAAUCACCGACAGUCUGAUAAGUUGGCUUCAGACGUUCAACGUUUCUGCCCCGCACAAGACCGUCGAUCAGCUGUCCGAUGGAGUUGCGCUCGCCCAAGUAUUGCACAAAAUUGAUCCAGACUUCUUCGACUCAUCCUGGCUGACAAAGGUCAAAACCGACGUGGGAAGCAACUGGCGACUCAAAUUCAGCAACCUGAAGAAGAUUCUCAAAUCGAUUAUCGACUAUUACAAUGAGGUACUGUUCCAGCAAAUCACAGAGUUCCGCUUUCCUGACGUCGGUGCCAUCGCAGAGCGGGGAAGCCGAGAUGAAAUGGGACGCCUCCUGCAACUGAUCCUCGGGUGUGCCGUAAACUGCUCCAGAAAACAGGAAUAUAUUCAAGUCAUUAUGGGUCUCGAGGAGGCUGUCCAGCAUGUUGUGAUGAAAGCUAUUCAGGAGCUUAUAACGAAGGAAAGCCCCAGCAGCUACACUGGUGACAACUUUGAGCUCAAUGAGCAGUUGAAGAAGGCCCUGGAUGAGCUGCACACAACUGCGCAGGCUAAAGAGCAGAUCACGCAACGGUGCCACGAGUUGGACUUGCAGGUUACGAUGCUUCAAGAUGAGAAGGUGAGCCUGAUGCAGGAAAACGAGAAGCUGAUGGAGAAGCUCAACCAUGUUGAAAACUUGGAGGAUCCCAGCACACCAGCAGGAAGGCGAUAUCAGCAAUCCCAGCAACGGAUAGACGCACUGCAGGCUGAAGUCUUCAAGCUGGAAACUGCGAAAGAUGAACUACGAAUCAAGGUGGAAUUUCAAGAGAAGGAGAUUCUGAACCUUCAGGAAAAGAACGAAGAGUUGCACAAAACGUUGAAUGAAGCUCAGACGUUGAAAGAUGAACUGGACGUCUUGAGGCACACAUCAGACAAAGUGGAGCACUAUGAAGCUGCAAUCGAAACCUACAAAAAGAAGUUGGAGGACAUGAGUGACCUCAAAAGGCAGCUCAAGUUACUGGAAGAAAAGAAUACCUCGUACAUGCAGACCAACAUCGAGCUUGAGGAGGAUGUGAAAAAAAUGGCAGCGUUCAAGUCGCAGGCAGACCUGUACAAGAAGCAGACGCAGGAGCUGCGCCUUCAAUUGGCUGAUGAGACGCGGAAGGCCAAUCGUGCCGAAUUUGAGGCCAAGAAGCUGCACGAGAAGUUGGCUUCACUGCAGACCGAGAAGGAGCGACUUGUUGCAGAACGAGACUCCUUGAAAGAAGGCUUGGAAGACCUGCGCUGCUCUCAACUCCAAAAAGAGAGCUCCCACGUGCAGAGCGGUGCCAAGGCUGUUGGAGCAAUCUCCGACUCUGACAUGCUCGAGACAGUUCCGCCCGAAAUCAAAUGCUUGCUUUUCAGCUAUACAAAGAUGGCGACGGAGAAACUCAUCAGGCUUCAGCAUGAAAACAAAAUGCUGAAGUUGGAAUGGAGCUCGAGUGAAGGUCAGCAAGUGACCUUGCUGAAGACCAUGCUUGAAGAUGCACAGUCACGCCAGAACGACCUGGAAACGGAAGUCAGACUUCUGAGCCAGCGCAACCUGGAGCUGGAGAGCCAGUUGGAGGACAGCCGGGAGGCAGCGUCAGCGCACGAGGGGGCUGAGGCACGACAGCAGCUAGCCCUGGCACAGCGCCGCUGCAAGGAGCUGGAGGGCCAACUACGCGAGCGUGAGGCCAGCCUCGAGGCCAUGGCGACACGUCUAGCCGAGUCCUGCGAGAGCCAGUCCGAGUUGACGGAGCAGCUUGAGAAGAAAGCGGAAGAGACGAGGGUCAUGGAAGAGCGAUAUCAGAAGUACCUUGAAAAGGCCAAGAACGUGAUCCGCACGCUGGACACACGAUCACCGUCAAGCGCCGAGGUGGUUGCACUGCGUAACCAGCUUCAGGACAAGGCCAAGCACAUUAGCCAGCUGCAACAGGAGCUGGAGAUGUUCAAGGCACAGUGGGAGAAGGAGGAGCGACUCAUCAGCACGGCCUUCUACAACUUCGGUCGUCGGGAUUGGCCGAAUGUGCAAUUUUUCGGUCAAAGACCUUGGAGCGGAGCAAAGUCGCAGCAGAGGUCAGCCGAGGAACGCAUCGUCCAACUGACCGGUGGCCAGUCUUUCCUGGCAAGGCAACGUCAGGCCACUUCUAAGCGCCACAAUUUGCCUGGCGUUCAAACAAGUGAAUUCUUUGAGUGAGAAUGUCAUCAGCCUGUGUAUCUUCGACAUAACCGGACAGACAGAGGAAAAAAAAAAAGAGCAUGAGCGCUUUCCUCAAUCGACACACCAUAGCGACCGCAAGUGCUCGGUCCCCCACCCGUCCCUCGCCUUCUGCUCGGCAUGAUGACCUGCAGCUCGAAGACUACAUACCUACAUCAUCGCGCAGCUUCUUAGUUCCCUACCCUAUCCUUCUUUUUAUUUCCACUACACCAUUUUGUUGCUGUACCGCCGCUGCUUCUCUGUACGUGGUGCGUGUUUGCGUGUACCAACAUUCCAUUGCCUUGAUUGGCGACCUGUGCCUAUAGUCGUUGACAACCUAAGAAUGCAGUGGCUGAUGCAUAGCUGCAAUUCAAGGGUAAUUUUUGUAGAUGUGCCAGCUAACUACCAUAUUUGCUCGAUUGUAACGUGAACUUAUUUUCUGGGAAAUUAACUAAAAUAUGAUAUGAAAGUUGGAAUCAAGAGGGAAACGAAAGCUGCUGUAGGUAGUGACCAAACACCAGCUCCCACUUUUGAAGGCCGAACAUUGUGGUACUGUGGUUGCUAGAAGCUCGGGCAAGCGCCGGAAGUUCGUCAUAAUUGGAGGCCUUGGAUGGCGCCACCGAGUGAUGCUUGGUCCUGUGUGUCUGAAAUGCAACACAUCUUUAUUUUUCCGAGGGAGAGCAAAUCACUAUUCCUCUUUUACCAUAAAAAUAUGGUGAGAGAACGAUCAGGUGUGUUGCAUUUUCUUUUAGGUAUGAAAAUCAAAGUGCACAUUACAAUUGAGUGCAUGUUACAGUCGGGUAAAUACAGUAGAUUAGCUCGUUUCCAUGAUGGCACAGGGAAGGUGAAUUUUCUUUUAAAUACUUUACAUAUCUCGGAGCAUAUGCUUUAGAGCAUAUUGGAGCAUAGAGGAAUGCUGAUGUUUGGUUUUAUGUUUGAAUUUAUGGAGCUUCUUUUAAACUCUUAAGUUAAAGAGUAUGUUGUGAUGGGUUUGGGAAUGUUCUGCUGUGUUGGCAGCCGUGUCACAGCUGUUGACACAGGACAUUACGCGUCACCUCUGUCCUUGUUGUCACCUGCACAGCCCGCCUUACUACACGAAGCUUAUCUGCAACAGCCUUAUUCCCAGCAACGUUUGCGAGUAUUUAAAUUAUUCACUACCUUGGGAGGUUUUGCCGCACAUUGUGCGACACAGCAGCAGUUGGUCUAUGCAAAAGGCACUUGUUGAGCCAUCAGUCAUGCGCAUGCACAAAAUUGCCUUCAUAACAUUCAACCCUCGCUGCUGUGCAAAGCAUUUCACUGGGCAGAAGCAGCCUCUACAACUUUGUGUGUGUCUUCUCAUACGGCCACAGUGGCUACCCAUCUGACAUUUCCAGAGCAUGUAAAUAUGACUCCAGCCUUUUUAAUUUUCUUAGUUCAGUCUUGCUGUUUAGUCAAGCAGCGGUAAAACCACUACGGGCUGAAAGUAUUUUUGUAUGGGCUGUACCCCUAAUUUUUCGAGGUAAUCUUUUUCUGCCUGGAGCUCAGGCUGUCAUUGCAAAAGCCCAUAAUGUUUUUGAACCUGUCCAGCCAUUGAAGGCCUUGUCUUUUUACGAGAGUGGAAAAUUGCUCACUUGCGAAGGAUGUCACUAAAAGUACUCGAAUCUCUCACAUCCACAAUAGUCCAGGUGCUGUCUUUCUUUAGUUGUGCAAUAAUAUAUGGCACAGCAGUGGGCAAACAAAACAAGCCGCACCCUGGUGCAAACAUUUCUAAAAAACAUCGCCCAUAUUGUCCCCUUGUUUGCCCUGUUGGUCUCCAUAUUCUUGAGACUCCAUUGCUAAAUUGUACAGGUUUUUACAGUAUCUUUGGUGGUGUAACCAUUUUAGGCGAGGCAUGGCUUUUAAUGUAUUAUCAGUUCUUAACGUACUGCAUCUCGCUAACUGCAUGCAUUGCAGUGAAAGCUACAGGUCACUGCAGCCAACUAGAAUAGAGAACCAGAACUUUAUUCCUCUCUCUUAUCUUUGAGCUUAACUUUAUGCCAUGAACCAGCUAGCCCAGCGUCUUUGUUAAACCAGUACUCCUCUACUGUCCACACAACGUUUUAUGAAAGGAUCAUUGGCCCCAAUGGGCAAGGCCUCCUUCACUUCUCAUAACACAUAGCUGCCCACAUAGCCAAUUGGCUGGCACGAGCCUUAGCCUUUGCUUCAUUGCAUAGAGUUGGCGAGAGGGCACACAGCAUCUUUCUGCGUGCUCAGACAAUGCAUUUGCUCGUUUGCACAUCGAAGCAGUCUCGGGUCAUCCGAGAAGCUGCUCAGGUAUCGUCAGUCAAUAUUCGCUGAGGGCCGAAUCAUUGCUUUUAUGUAUAUGAAUUUUAGUGUUUUUAAGAAUAGUGAACCGAGGUAGUUGAUCUUGAUUAACGCAGAAAAAUUUGGCGCAUAAACAGACAGACAUAGGGAAGAGCACUCAUGUUGUGUUAUGUUCCCCAUCUUCCUCUGUUUUAUGUGCAUGAAUUCAUCUACAUUGGUGUUCUUGUAUUAGAAACCGCAGACAAGGUUUCAGCAACCACUGCCAGUGUUUUUUUGUACUUUUGAGAUGCAGUGUUUUCUCUACCAAAGUGCAAUUGAAUGAAUGAUGUGUCGCUGCAGUCGUAAGGAUUUCUUUCAUGUUACGCUUUAAUUUUGCCUGUACUUUGUGUGUGUCUCACAAUGCCCUUCUCUGUUUAAGCGACUGGUCUUAUUCUAGACAUAAUAAUAGCAUAGGCUUUGCAGUGGUGAAAAGUGCUUAUGCAUAUCUGUACAUAUUUACAUUGCAUUUGAGAUAUUUAGCUUCUGAAUAGGUUGAUUUGCCCGGUUAUUGUGUAUGCAAUAUUUAUGGAGAGAAAUAAAACUUUUCUAAAGCUGCUUUUUUUUUUA